CAGAUCCCGCCAGCUCCUGCAACGGACCAAGUUCAACUCCUCUUCGACGAGCUGUUAGUCUCCGCUUGUGCUGACCAAGAGCUACGGGAGGAGAUAAAUGGGGCUGAAUCCAUUGAAACCAAGUGGGCGUACGCAUUCCUGAGCAAAAUCCCCCAUGACAGUGUUUCAGAGGAAUGGUUAGAUCCUCGCGAGUGUGUGGAGCUUGUGCAGCGCUUCAGCGGUGAUGUGAAAUGCAUCCACGAUCUCUUCUUGGCCAUUCGGAUCAACAUGCUGCUGAGACGUGGGGUGUGGGUCGAGAAGUUCGUGGCGGAGAACGGAAUAGAUCAGUUGGUGGCUCCACUGCAAGUGUCUGGUGGUGCGUCCGUGGAGACUUGCAAUGAAGUUUUAAGUACCCUUUUCCAAACACAUGAGCGUGGCCCGAAUGACUCGCCUGCUGACACUUGGACAGAUCCCUUGACGGAAUCCCCUGACUUGGCAAACACGCCGGAUACCACGCUUGCAGAUGGUAUGAAGACUGAAGGCAAUACGGAGGCUGGAUCAAGUCCGGAAAACGCACUGCUCGACGCUGUAUUUGGCCAACUCCAGCAACACACGAAGAAGCUGGACCAAGAGACCAGCGCCUCAAGCCCCUGGGGUAAAAAUUCGGGUUCAUCCGCUUCAAGAGGUGUCAAGCUGUCUCUACCAUUCUUCCAAAGCUCACGAAAGGGUCCAGGACUUGGAGUGACACCGGCGUGCACGCCAAUCGCCACUGCCAGUGUGCGUAAAGAUGCCAAGCGUCCGGUGUUCCCAUCGUUCCCGUCACCUCCUCGGAAAGAGCCACCGCCUGUUGUGUCUCCAACUCAAGCAUCAGACGCAGUUCCACCACCACCAACGACUGCACCGCCGCCUGCUCCUUCCUUACCUCCCAUCGAUUUAACACCAGAGCUCCCAGCAGUGAACGUUAUGGUUAAGCCUCCACUGGUGAUCGAACCUGAUGCUGCAAGUAAUUCCUCUGCGCUGCCCCCACCGGCAACCGGGACCGACAUUUCAAAGUUCAGGAAGCUCCUGUCAAUGGGAGCUCCACGAGACGCUGUACGGGCUAAAAUGCAACAAGCAGGAAUCGACCCGGACCUCCUUGAUGAGCAACAGGGAUUCAUUCCUAAAGCAUCUCCAAAACCAGCGGCUACAGCGGAAAGCACGACUUCUGAAGCCCCUAAAGACGUCGUCGAUGUCUCCAAGUUUCGCAAGCUUCUGUCUAUGGGGGCCCCACUCGAGGCUGUUAAGGCAAAAAUGCGUCAGGCUGGCUUGGAUCCGUCCUUGUUGUUGGACCAGAAUCCAAGCGUACAAAUGGUAACGAAAGAGCAAACGCCUACACCUGCAUCGCAGCCAGCACCGACCUCCGGACCAGACAUUUCCAAGUUCAAAAAGCUGCUAUCAAUGGGGGCACCGCUUGCAGCGGUGAAGGCAAAGAUGACCCAAGCCGGAUUAGACACAGCUCUGCUGGAUGGUCCGAUCAGUUCGACAUCACCGGCAAGCUCAGAUUCACUUGCACCUUCAGCGAAAUUGAAGGUUAAGGACGACCCCAGCUACGCCAAGUUCUUCAAACUCCUGUCGAUGGGAGCUCCUGCUGCUGCAGUGAAGGCAAAGAUGGUUCAAGCUGGGCUGAACAGUGAUCUUCUCGAUACACCAGACGCUGACAUGCCCACUCUCGGUGCUCCUUCCGACUCCGCCCCUUCAGCAGCUGAAGCUGCUACGAAUCCACGUGCAUUGUUGUCAAACAUGCUUGCGAGUCGAGCAGCUCCACAACCUGAAACUCAGGUGAAGGUGAAGGACGAUCCGCAGUACGCGAAAUUCUUCAAGCUGCUGUCAAUGGGAGCUCCGGCCGAAUCUGUCAAGGCGAAGAUGCGCAUGGCAGGGCUGCAACCAGAACUAUUGGAUACCCCAGACGCCCCACUUAAACCUGCAUCAAGUGCGUCUGAAGUGGGAGCAUCACAAUCCGAAGUCAAAGUCAAGGACGACCCAGCGUACGCCAAGUUCUUCAAGUUGUUAUCCAUGGGAGCCCCAGCUGAGUCAGUGAAAGCUAAGAUGCGUAUGGCAGGCCUCAAUUCGGACCUCUUAGAUACUCCCGACGCCUCCAUGCCUAGCGACAAUGCUCCUGCUGCAGCGACUAAAGCUGCCAUCAAGGUGAAAGAUGAUCCGGGAUACGCAAAGUUCUUCAAGCUCCUGUCCAUGGGUGCACCGGCCGAGUCCGUGAAGGUGAAGAUGCAAAUGGCAGGCUUGAAACCCGAGCUUCUUGAUACACCCGACGCUGAUCUGCCUUCUGGAGACACUCAAACACCAGCUCAGCCCCAAGUGAAGGUGAAGGAUGACCCUGCGUACGCCAAGUUCUUCAAACUUCUGGAAAUGGGGGCCCCUGCAGAAAGUGUCAAGGCGAAAAUGAGGAUGGCAGGUCUGCAGGGAGAUCUCCUUGAUACACCGGACGCAUUUUUACCUAGCUCAGCUCCUGCCAGCCAGCCAGCCGCACCUGCUCCGACGACUACUGCGGCCCGCAGAGCGCAUUUAUCCAUUGCGAUCAAGCCUGUGGUCAAGGCGAAGACGCGCGCAUUCUACUGGCAACAACUGAAGGCCGAAGCAAUCAAAGGAACGAUUUGGGAGGAACUCGAGAAGGAGCACAGCAACCAGAGCAACCAGGACCGGCUCACUCUCACUGACAGUGAAUUGGAGCUACUAGAGACUGAGUUCCCUCCUCCAGCAGCUUGUGGCCCUGGUACAGGAACUCGACGUGGGAGCAUGGGCGGGAUCGGCUCCCCGGGGGGUCCUGCCUCGCCACUGGCUUCCCCUCGAGUUGUUUUCCUAAUUGAUCGAGCUCGGUCCAACAACAUCUCAAUCAUUGUUAAGCAGUUCAAGAUGAGCAACGCGGCUCUGCGUGUAGCGAUCAUGAAGAUGGACUCGGAGGUGCUCACUCUUGAUCGAGUGCAAGGGUUGAUCAAGAUUCUUCCAACUGAGGAGGAAAUCGCAGCGAUCACGGGAUUCAGCGGAGACCGAACGACGCUCAAUGGAGCAGAGCUUGUCCUGAAAGAGCUCAUUACUGUACCACGAUUGAAGCAGCGACUGUCAGCGUUGGAGACCAAGCACCAGUUCCCGGCUUUGGUGCGGGACCUUCAGACGAAAAUCAACAAGAUUCGGGUGGCGUGUAACGAGAUCGCUCAGAGCUCCGAGUUCAGAACGAUUCUGCUGGUGAUCCUCCAGGUUGGCAACAAGAUGAAUCAGGGCACAGCUCGCGGAGGGGCCAAGGGGUUCCGUUUGAACGACCUGACCAAGCUGGUGCAGCUCAAGUCCGUGGAUAAAACGGUGACUCUCCUGCACUACGUAGCUCGGAUGAUACGCACGAAGAAAGGUAACGUGGUCCGACUGGGAGAUUCGUUGGCGUCUCUGUACGACGUCCAAAGCAUCCCGAUUCCGGAGCUGCAGGGCGACAUGAACAGGAUCAACGAUAUUACCGAAAACAUCAACGUUGAACUGGCAGCUCAGCGUCUGAAGAACAGGAUUGAGGAGAAGGAGGAGAACGAUCUAUUCGUUGAGUCCAUGACCGUGUUUGUGGACGAGGCUUCGAAGGAUGUAGCCACACUAAAGACAGACUUGGACGAAACUUUGCGGUUAAUGCGAGACGUCAUGCUGCGGUUCGACAAGAAUACCGACGAAGACGAAGCUCCCCCUCCAGCAGUAGACGCCCCCCUCACUCCAGCCGCUUUAGCUGGGGCUGGCGAGUUCUUCAGCAUAAUUUACGAGUUCACGAUGUCGCUCAUGAAAGCUGACCGCGAGAACGAAAUCAAACGCAUCCGUGAGGAGAAGCGACUGAAGCAACAGGAGCUCAAGAACGCAACGCCUCGCAGGAACUCCGUCGAGACCGUCAAAUUGGAAUCUCCCAGUGUGUCAAAGCCGACAGUUGGAGCUUCGUCCACUACUGAUGAGCCCCAGACAGUUGCAAUGGCAAAGAGCGAUGCAAAGGUGGAUGACAAGGUGGUGCCAAAGCCGACAGGAAUCCCCAAGCCUGCUCUGAAAAUCCCUGGCAAGAUCCUCAUGCCUGCAGGUGUUGCGUCUCCCCUGAAGAAGGUCGUUGGAGCAACACCGACUGGUAUCCCCAGUCCGUUGAAGUUGAAGCGCACCAACUCGUCCUCGUCGUCGAUUGAGAAGAGCAAAGCUCCAGCCGUUCCUUUCGACGCUGCUUUUCUCAGUGAGAUCAAGUCGCAGUUGGAAACCAAGCACACUACGAACAAUGAACUGCGAAAAUCCAAGCCAGAGGUUGAGACCGAAGGUGAAGACCAUGACAACAACAACAGCGAACCUUCUUCGCCUGAGAAGGCGCUUUCCGAAGCGGAGCCUUCCACUCGCCUAGCCGUAGAGUCCGACGCAUAG